GCGCAUGCUCUUUUUGUUGGUUGCCGGUUGGUUGUUGUAGUUACAACUGGAAGAUAAACUGACCAGAUUAAAUUAUUAGCGACAGUAUAUCCUGAUGGGGCGACAUCGCAAAAUAUAAUUAUAAUGACGUAAAACAGUUGAAUGAGACUUGCUACUGUCGGCUCGAGAUGACUGCAGGCAUAACCUCAAAGAGCUGACAUAAAGCAGAUUCCGUCAGCAGAAAAUGCCAGCCGCGAUACGGGACACAGAGGAUUACGAGUCCUCCUCAGAAGACGAACAAGAGGACCACCCAUGCAUCGUCUGGUGUGGCAUCAGCCGGAAGAUGCCAGUCCUGGUUUUCCAUGCCGAAGCCAUAGUCUCCAAAGAUGGGAACAUCCGCUCCGUUGGGGAGCGGUAUAACCUGGCCUACAAGAUUGUCCGAACUGAGAGCCGGCUGGUGCGCGGUAUGCUGACCAACCACGGAUUCCACGAGGUCCACCCAAACAGCAAUGACUUUAACCUAAUGUGGACAGGGUCCCACCUCAAACCUUACCUCCUGCGGAACCUGCAAGACUUUCAGAAGGUCAACCAUUUCCCCAGAUCAUAUGAACUGACCCGCAAAGACCGGCUGUAUAAAAACAUCCAGAGGAUGCAGCAGAUGCACGGCUUUAAGAACUUCCACAUUGUCCCCCAAACCUUUGUGCUCCCCUCCGAGUUCCAGGAAUUCUGCAGCUACUUCUCGAAGGACAGGGGCCCGUGGAUAAUAAAGCCCGUGGCGUCCUCCAGAGGCCGAGGGAUCUACCUGGUCAGCAGCCCAAACCAGAUCCCAUUGGAUGAAAACAUCUUGGUCUCACGCUACAUCAGCAACCCAUUACUGAUUGAUGAUUUCAAGUUUGAUGUACGGUUAUAUGUGUUGGUCACCUCCUAUGAACCAUUAAUUAUCUACCUUUAUGAAGAGGGACUGGCCAGGUUUGCGACUGUGAAGUAUGACCGUGCUGCAAAAAACAUCAAGAACCAGUUUAUGCAUUUGACCAACUACAGCGUCAACAAAAAGAGCAGAGACUACGUCAGCUGUGAUGACCCCGAAGUGGAGGACUAUGGGAACAAAUGGAGCAUGAGUGCCAUACUGAGGUACUUGAAGCAGGAAGGGAAGGACACAGCAUUGCUGAUGGGCCAGGUGGAGGACCUGGUUAUCAAGGCCGUUCUGAGCGCCGAGCUGCAGAUUGCCACGGCCUGCAAGAUGUUUGUGCCCCACAGAACCAACUGCUUCGAACUCUAUGGCUUUGAUGUCCUCGUCGAUUCCAACCUCAAGCCUUGGCUACUGGAAGUGAACCUCUCUCCUUCUCUGGCGUGCGAUGCACCCCUGGAUCUGAAGAUUAAGGCCAGCAUGAUCUCAGACAUGUUUUCUCUUGUGGGGUUCCCCUGUCAGAACCCUUUGGCUCGCCAUCCCCGGCCCGGUCGAGCUGCUCACGACCCGGGCUUCAGGUACCAGGCCCAGAAAUGCCAGCGUCCCUCGUCUGCGCAGCCAGGCGCUGGCAGCAUUAAAGGGGGCCCACGACCCAUUUCCGCUCAUGAUGCUGACACCAAUGGACUGAAGGAGAAGCUAGGGGGGAGGAAAGGAGACAGCACUCUUGGCUUGACUUCAGAAGAGCUGAAGGUGCUGACGCGUAUAAAAGAAGAGCACGAAAGAAGAGGCGGGUUUGUUCGCAUCUUCCCCACAGCACAGACCUGGGAUCAGUACAGCGGAUACUUGGAGUACAAGACAUCGAUGAACUGCAUGCUGGCCACCAGGCUUUUCCCGGAACGGAGCGGGCUGAGCGGGAGCGUGCUGCUGCAGGUGGAGGCCCCGCGCCACGCAAUCCAGUACGAGCGGAAACUGCCGUCCCUGGAGGCGCGCAAGCGGAGGCGACGCCACCUCGCCCAGCGCUCGGCCCCCGGAAAGAGGAGAGGAGCCAGAGGACACAAGGCCCCCUCUCCGGAGAGUACUGAUGAUGAGGAAGCUGAGGAAGAAGAGGAAGAGGAGGAUGAAGAGGAGAAGAGGAAAACUGCUCAGCCCCUGCCCGAAAAAAAGCAGUCCGACUCUCCCCCCGAGGCACUCAACGAGCCCCACAAAGAGGCUGAGCAAAGUGACACCCAACACAGGCCUGCUACCCCACCACAGCCCAAACCCAAAAUCAACCUCCUGCAGAUCCUGCAGCAGGGCUGGAAUCUCAGUAAAGUACAGGCGCGUAUGGCCUUCUCCUCCUUCCUUCACCGAGUUCAGAUGAGACUCUUGGCAGAGAGCAGAGGAAACGGCAGCUCAGCCUGGCCAGAGAAGGACGAUGACCAAAUGGAGCUGGUGAUCCGCUUCCUGAAGCGUGCCGCCGGCAACCUGCGGCAGGACCUGAGGAUGGUGCUGCCCAGUCGGCGGCUGCCGCUGCCGGACCGGCGGCGCAUCUUGUCCCACCAGCUGGGGGAGUUCCUCCACUGCUACAACAAGGAGACGGAGCAGAUGGUCAAGAAAAUGGAAGAGCUCAAAGACGAGGAGCACUGCGUUGACCCAGAUAUUUUUCAGCAGUUUGUCGCUGAGGCCAGCGAAAGCGAUCUGGAGGAAGUCCUGACGUUCUACACGCAGAAAAACAAAUCUGCCAGCGUCUUCCUGGGAACAGCAAGCCGAAGGCCCAAAGCCAGUAACGGCUGCACGAGCUCGGGUGAAUCAGCACAGUCCCAGAGCCGGAGGGCUGUCUCCGCGGCUGAGGAGGAGUCCGGUCCCUGUGAGCCGUUGCCGCGCGGCGUCGGACCCUCUGCACCCCAGCCGCCGGUCCCCGCCUCCCAGCCCGCCACCGUUCACCCCCCGGCUUUGGACUGUGCCCACAUCCACCUGCAGCACUGUUCCCCCCCGCCCAAAUCCCAGCCUAAGUGCCAGGGCCCGCCCCUAGUCCCCCUGCCGCUGCACCCCCCACCCCAGACCACAGCUCCUACUCUGCCUGAGGCCACGCCCCCAGCCCCACCCCCGGAUUCAUCUCAAGCCCCGCCCCUUGCGCCACCUCAUGCUCCCGGCCCUGCCUCGCUUCCUCGUGCCACCUGGGCCACCGCCUGCCACGGCUCCGCACCGUUGGGCCACGCCCCGCAGGAGCCCCCGCAGCGGGGGCGGCCCUGCGCUCAGACCCCGCCCACCUCUGUCCCCAGCACCGCGCAGAUCUACAGCCAGAAGCUCUCCCGGCCCAUCUCAGCGCGACAAGCCUCCCGGAAGCCCAGCCCCAGCAGGUCCAGGCCCAGCUCGGCGGGGCUGUCCAAGGACGCGGACGCGCUCCUGCCCCAGAGCGGCUCCGACCAGCAGGCCAUCGUCACCGCCCUUAAGAAGCUGGCGGAGAAGCAGGCCGCCCGCCAGUACUCCGCCUCCAGCCACAUCAGCCUCCUCACGCAGCACCUGACCAACCUGAACCUGGCCAAUGGGGCGUUCAGUAGAGCUGGUUUCACACUCAACCCAUCGGUCCGUCAUGGGACGCUGACCCACGGACCAGUCCGAGCUGUGCGCGCCGAAACCAGCCCCAUGAGGGUCCCGCGGGACGACGGGGACACCCUGAGCGACGGAGACGCGCACGGCGCCUACGGCCUGGUCACGGGGGUGGCCCCGCAGCAGCGCUACCACCCCACCUCGGGCAGCUACCAGCUGCAGUUCGCCAUCCAGCAGCUGCAGCAGCAGAAGAUGCAGUCCCGGCAGCUUCUGGACCACAGUCGCGCUCGCCACCAGGCUAUCCUGGCAGCGCAGAACACCGCGCCCCCUCCCGCCACCGCCCCCCGGCCCCCCGUCCCCCCCGUCCCCCCCGGUGCCGCAGCCGGCCCGUGGGCGACCCACCCGCCCCCGCAGAACCAGGCCCACGCCAAGGGGGGGGGUCCAGCCCUGGCCCCGAAACCGCCCCCCAGCACCCGGGAGGGCCUCGUCCGGAAGACGGCCACCCAGCGCCUCAGCAGGCAGUGCUCUUCUGAGGCCCGCGGCGGCGGCGGCGGCGCUGGAUCCAACGCGCAACACGUGGUCUACGAGGCCGUCUGCGGGAAAGCAGGUAUGUCUUUGUAUAGCAAGCUGUUCCAGAGUUAUGGCUCCAAAAACAGGUGAGGUGUGGAGGACGCCUGCCUGGAGCCUGCCUGUAUGAGUGAUCUGCGGGUCCCUGGGUUGCGUCCGCACCUUUUCUGCUCCAGGACGCUGAAGUGCAUUCUGGGAAUGAAGAAGAUCACAACAGUACCUUAUGUGCGGAAAUCCAGGAGAUGUGCUCUUACUAACCAAGUAGAAUGUCUAGUUUGAACCCUUGCGAGAACUGUCAACAUGUUUAUGAAAACCUGCAAAACCUCAAAAUAUUCUCUUUUUGCGAGCAGUUUUCUUUGGCUUAUUUGUAUGUUGGGCUUUAUUUCGAAGGUUGCUAUGGUGGCCUUGUGAAAUUUCCUAUGCAACAAGCUUUUGAGAUAUGGACCUAGCGGAGAGAAGCUUACAAAGCCUUUUCGUUUGAAGUCCCAGGCUGAGAUUGAGCCAAUCGCCCUUUCUCCUGUGACAAAGUACAGAUGCACAGUCCGUGGUAUAAGGGAUCCCUCUACUUGACAGGAGCUGGUUUCUGUUGAGCUCCCCACGACUUUCUGGUGGCCUUCUACGCCCCCCCCCCCAGCCCAUUUCCCUUAAUGCAAGUGCCACUGUGGAAAGAUCAUGCUGACAGAUGCUCACGGACAGCCGUCUGCAGGGGGAUUCUGGGUAUCCGCAACACUGUGUGUUGCAGUUACCGGCGGUUAAUGGUUAAAUAGCGGUAAAAAAGCACACCCAAAGCCAAGUUUAUAACAUGCUGUGUGUCUCGCAUGGAGCUGUACAGGAUUGCCAGGUCUUAUUACACCAAUAUUCUGAUUAAUUCCUGAGGCUUUCAAAGCUGCACACGAAAUGGACUGUGUACGAAAGCAUAGCUCUGUGGCGGCAAUGCUGUUUAGCCAAUAUCCACCGGCCACAGACUAAUAGUCAUCAUUUCAGAGGUAUGUCCCUGCUAUGCCCAGUUAAUUUGCAGUUGUAAGAAAUUGAAAAAUUGAAGGAAAUUCUCUUAGCGAGUUUUGGGAACGCAACAGAGACCGGCUGCUCUCUAACCUAUUAUGUCAUGCUAACCCGGCAGCUGCCCAUUUCAUACCGUGUUCCCUGGUUUUUCUUUAACAAGGAUUUAUGAUAACGUCAUGAGAAUAUGUGGUGUGCUUGUUGCCUUUGAAGAAUUUGGUUCAUAAUAGAUAUUUUGCACACCCCAAGUUUUAAGAUUGUAAUGUGUAUGACUGCAUGUCAUGUGUAUGAGAAAGAAAGGUGCCCAUUGCCUUUUCCGAGCCUUCAGCUGGGCACCAGUGGGACACAGUACCUGCUGUAAACCCUGGAAAUUUUAUUUUCGUUUUUAUUCAUCUGUCUACUGUUAAACAGUUCAGUGCUACUAAUUGGGAAAGCAUGGUUUUAUGCCUUUGAUUUGAGUGACAUGUGCUUUCUACUCCUAAAAAAUAAUACUUGAAAAUUCUUGUGACCAAGCAAUCAUUUAAAACUUGAAGCGGACUUUGUGAUGAAUGCUUUUUUGUAAUGACAUGGUAAGUAUAUUUUUUUAAAAGGUUUUGCUAUGCAUGGGUACAUCAUUGACAAAAUACUGCACCAUCCUCAUUACCCAGAAGCUUCUGGAAUGUCUGUAUGUAAAUUUCUGGUAGGUGACCAAAAACAUCUGAGAUGUAGACCUUAGUAAUUUCAAGCAACAUCGUCUUCACUUACUGUCCUGAUAUGCUGAGCCAAAUUAUUUUUGUUUAUUCAAAUGUUGUCAGUAAAGAAUGGACAGUCUCUUAAGAAAAUACACAUGCCAUAUGCCAGUGUUCAUGAGACAAUGAGCAGCCCAGAAGUGAAGUAAUUCCAAUGGUACUACAGUCCUGAUAGCCACCAUCUCCUCACUAUUCCUAGAAUCCACACCGAUAUACCCAAAAUGUAACAUGCUGUACCUGCAAUACUGUAGCCAUUUCAUCAAAGGUUGUAAGUAAUACCACUUUGUAUCAUAAUUUCAAAAGCAGUUUUUAAAAAAGAAUGUACAUAUUUUAAUCAGGUCAGUGUGUGCAGUAUAUAUAAAUAGUGUUUAUUUUAUCCUUAAGUUAUAAAUAAAAUGAACUAAUCACGA